AUGACUCUACCAAUGGACAAUAGGAAGAGAUUGCAUUCUAACGUUGAAGAGCACGAAGAAUCCAUCAAAAGGCGAGUUGUCGACCAUCAGCAAGAAGUCGCUGCCGCUGACGCCCUAGCGAGCUCUGAUGACGUUAACUUCAAGGAUUCUGAAAACUAUGUCAGAUGGCAGAACACAAUCUCUAAAGUGGUCAAUUCAGUGGUCUCCAUUCAUUUUGCCCAAGUCGCACCCUUCGAUUGUGAUCCUGCGUUAGUAUCGGAAGCCACUGGGUUCGUCGUAGACUCUGACUUAGGGAUUAUUUUGACGAACAGACAUGUUGUUGGUGCAGGACCAUUUGUUGGGUACGUCGUCUUUGAUAAUCAUGAAGAAUGUGACGUUAUUCCUAUCUACAGAGACCCAGUUCAUGAUUUUGGGUUCUUGAAAUUUGAUCCGAAGAAAAUCAAAUAUACAAAGAUUCAAGCAUUGGAACUGAAGCCUUCAUUAGCCAAAGUGGGCUCUGAAAUUAGAGUUGUCGGGAAUGAUGCCGGUGAAAAAUUGAGUAUUCUUGCGGGGUUUAUCAGUAGACUAGAUAGAAAUGCUCCUGAUUAUGGUGAACUGACUUAUAAUGAUUUUAACACUGAAUAUAUCCAAGCUGCUGCUUCAGCAUCUGGUGGUUCGUCUGGGUCACCCGUUGUCAACAUUGAUGGGUAUGCCGUGGCAUUACAAGCUGGUGGUUCCACCGAAGCCUCUACUGAUUUUUUCCUUCCGUUAGAUAGAAUACUUAGAGCCUUACAAUGUGUGCAAAAUAAUAAACCAAUAACGCGUGGGACUAUUCAAAUCCAAUGGUUGUUGAAACCGUUUGACGAAUGUAGAAGACUAGGGUUGACCUCCGAACGUGAAACCCAAAUACGUGAAAUGUAUCCUGAAAAAAUUGGUCUACUAGUUGCUGAAACUGUAUUAAGAGAAGGACCUGGUGAUGGUAAGAUUAAAGAAGGUGAUACGCUUAUUGCUGUAAAUGGUGAAAUAAUAUCAUCCUUCAUCCAAUUGGAUGAUAUAUUAGAUAGUGGGAUUGGAAAUGACAUUGAAAUUAUCAUCCAACGUGGAGGUAUCGAGAGUACAGUGGUUUGCAAAGUUGGUGAUUUGCACAAUAUUACACCUGAUCGUUAUGUCGAGGUUUGUGGUGCUACAUUUAAUGAACUAUCAUAUCAAAUGGCAAGAUUCUACGCCUUACCAGUAAAAGGUGUGUUUAUUUGUAGUGCAUCAGGAUCAUUUAAUUUUGAUAAUAAGGAAAAGAUUGGUUGGAUUGUGGAUUCAGUAGAUAAUAAAGACACUCCAGAUCUUGACACAUUCAUAGAAGUCAUGAAGCAUAUUCCUGAUCGCAAACGUGUUACAGUACGAUACCAUCAUAUGACUGAUCAACAUUCUCCACACGUGACAUCUAUAUAUAUUGACCGUCAUUGGUGUAGUGAAUUCAGGGUAUAUAAGAGGAAUGACACCACAGGUAUAUGGGAUUAUUAUAACGUGGCAGAACCUUUACCAGCUGAACCAAUCUCCCCCAAAACUGCCAGGUUUAUCGACAUUCCAAGCGACAAUCCUCAAAUUGCAAAAUUGUCACAUUCUUUAUGUUUGGUCACCACUAUGGCGGCUAUACCUUUGGAUUCCCUACCUGGGGAAACUUUGAGAACAUCUGGGUUAAUAAUCGACGCAGAAGGAGGAUAUGUCAUUGUUUCUCGUAGAGCUGUACCACAUGAUUGUUUGGAUGUAUUUGUUACCAUCGCAGAUUCUGUCCUUGUUCCAGCCAAAUUAGAAUUCUUACACCCAACUCAAAAUUACGCCAUUAUAAAAUAUGAUCCAAAGUUGGUUAUCGCUAAUAUUAUAACACCUAAGUUAUCUAAAAAGAGAGUAGAACGUGGUGAUAAAUUGAAAUUUAUUGGACUUACGAAUAGUAAUAAGUUAUUGACGUCCGAUACUACUGUGACUGAUAUUGCCUCUGUGAGUAUUCCAAGCAAUUUAAUUCCAAGAUACCGAGCCACCAAUUUGGAAGCGCUUUCCAUCGAUAGUAUAGUAAGUCCCAGAUGUCAUUCAGGGAUAUUGACAGAUGAUGAUGGUACUGUCAGGGCUCUAUGGCUGUCAUUCCUAGGUGAAAGAGAAGAAAGCAAAGAAAAAAUAUACUUGAUGGGUCUUGAUAUAAUGGAUUGCAUGAAUGUUAUAAACAUUUUAAAGAGAGGGCAGAAACCAAUAGUUAGAAUUGUAGAUGCUGGAUUUGGGUCGAUUACUAUCUUGAAUGCAAGAAUAAGAGGUGUUCCUGAAGAAUGGAUUGAAAGGAUGGAAAAGGAAUCACAAGAUCGUUUACAGUUUAUGACUGUGUCAAGAGUCUCCUACACCAAGGAACCUAUUAGGUUAGAGACAGGAGAUGUGAUUCUAUCCGUGAAUGACAGAUUAGUAACUAAGAUGGAUCAUUUAUCUGGUAUCGUUGGCGCAUCGGAUGAAUAUAAGGAAGAUCCAGAACUGAGGUUUAAAGUAGUCCGCAAUGGUAAAGUGGUUGAUUUGAAUGUUAAGACCGUCGCCGUCCAUGAGACUGAUCGCCUGGUUAUAUUUGCAGGGUCUAUUCUACAGAUGCCUCAUCAUGCAGUUCGUCAAGCAAUGGCCGAUAUUCCAAAAGGUGUAUAUUGCACAUUUAGAGGAGAAUCAUCCCCGGCACUUCAAUACGGUAUUUCUGCCACCAAUUUCAUUACACAUGUUAACGAAGUGGAAACUCCAGAUUUAGAAAUAUUUUUAACAGAAGUGAGGAAAAUUGAAGAUAACAGUUAUUGCAACAUGAGAUUAAUGUCAUUCGAUAAUGUGCCAUUUGCUAUAUCACUGAAGACAAACUACCAUUACUUCCCAACAGCUGAGUUAAGAAGAGAUGACGCCACUGGAAAAUGGAUCGAAGAAGAAUAUAAUAAGACAGAAGAAAAAACAGUAUAA